AUGGCUUCGAAAACCUUUCCACUGUUAGGAUUCUUUGCUUUAACUUUCUCUUUUGCUUUAACUUGUGAAGUUCCUGUUAAAGAUUUCUGUGUGGCUAACCCCAGUACCCCAGUGCAUGUGAAUGGAAUACCAUGCAAGGACCCAAAGCAGGUACAUGCAAGUGAUUUCUUAUAUAGUGGACUUCACAAUCCAGGCGACACAUCUAACCCUGUAGGUUCAAAGGUGACCCCAGUCACAGUAGUCCAAUUACCAGGGCUCAACACUCUCGGGGUCUCCAUGGUUCGUAUAGACUACGCACCAUGGGGAGUCAACCCUCCACACUUGCACCCACGAGGUUCAGAGGUAUUAGUUGUUAUGGAAGGUACCCUUGAAGUAGGGUUCAUGACUUCAAACCCAGAAAAUCGUCUUUUUCAAAAAGUGCUAAAAAAAGGUGAUGUGUUUGUUUUCCCUAUUGGUCUCAUUCACUACCAGAAAAACGUCGCCAAUGCAAAUGCUGUUGUCAUUGCUGCAUUCAAUAGCCAAAACCCUGGAGCUAUCACCGUCGCUAAUGCUGUGUUUGGUUCAAAGCCUUUAAUAUCCGUUGAUAUUCUUGCAAAAUCUUUCCAGGUUGACAAGGAUCUCAUUUCUCAAAUUCAAGACAAGUUUUAG